GUACGCUGUACUGUUCUCAUUCUUUCAGUACGACAGGAACGUUUCUUACUCACAAGAGGAAACCUUAUCCUGACAAAGACAGAAACAUCGGAUUUUACACAUCUUGAUUUUGAAUAAAUUAUAUAAAACCCGUGUUAUUUUCAGGUAGGCGGUAAAAAUUGGUAAGCAGCACUGUGCUUGCUCUGCAUGCCUGAACAACUUCCGCUAAGAAAGCAGGGAAGCGCCCAUUCAAACCUGGGGAAAUAACUGUUGGAUAAAAGAACAAAAUGUGGAAAAGAGCUGCUGUUCUUUGGCUUUUGCUGUUGGCAGUGAACCCAGAUGUAGCCCACGGACAGAACAGAAAAAAGACACGUCGAAAACCAAGUAACCUUAUACUAAGAGAUGAAGGAAAGGGUCUGUUCUGUCCUUUAGACAUUGCCUUCAUCCUGGAUAGCUCUGAAAAUGCCAAAAACACCAAGUUUGAGAGGCAGAAGGCUUUUGUUCAGGAUUUUAGUGAAAGAGUAAUGCAGAUGACGUCACCUUCUGGCAUACCAUUAAACAUCAGGUUGGCUGUCCUACAGUACAGCAGUACUGUGAAGAAAGACCACACCUUCCGAGACUGGCAAAACAUUCAAGUCUUCAAAAACCGGGUCCGCUCAAUGGCUUAUAUAGGGCAGGGUACAUAUUCAUCCUAUGCAAUCACUAACGCCACUCAGCUCUUUGAAGCAGAAGCAAAGCAUGGCAGUGUCAAAGUGGCAUUACUGAUGACUGAUGGAGUGGACCAUCCCAGAAACCCAGACAUCUUGGGGGCAGCAACUACUGCUAAGAACCAUGGCAUCAAGCUCAUUACCAUUGGGUUAUCAGCCCUUGCUAAUGAAAGAACCAGUAUUGUCAAACUGCGCUCCAUAGCUAGUGCCCCAUCCGAACAAUAUGUGCAUAGCCUGACUGAUCCAUACCUUCAAGAUAAACUGCUUAAUGAAUUGAGUAAAAUUGCUGUUGACGGGUGUCAGCAGCCAAAGCAGCCGUGUGUUUGUAAAGCAGGAGAGAGGGGACCUCCAGGAAAUCCGGGCAGCGAUGGUCGUGAUGGCGCUAAAGGUAACAAAGGACCCAAGGGUGAUUCUGGCAUCAAUGGACUUCCUGGAAAUGAAGGCCCUGUGGGCAGACCUGGUUUUAAGGGUAAUAAGGGUGAAAGAGGUGAAUGUGGGGCUCCUGGAACAAAAGGAGAUAGGGGUCCUGAAGGACCACCUGCACCAAGGGGACCCAGAGGAGAGAAAGGUUUAAUUGGACCUACAGGUGACCAAGGCCCUCAAGGAAACCCUGGACCUAAAGGGGAUCGUGGUCCAACUGGUGCCUCUGGCCCCCCCGGCGAUAAUGGUAUUGGAUUUCCUGGGUCAAAGGGGGACAAAGGUUCACAGGGGAGACCUGGGCCUACUGGUCCAAUAGGCAUUGGGGAACCAGGACUACCAGGUCCUCCAGCUCCUCCAGGGAUACAGGGGAGCAUAGGACCUCCGGGAGAAGGACUUCCUGGUGCAAAGGGGGACAGAGGGUACGAAGGACCUAGAGGAAUGCGUGGCUUACCAGGGCUGGGGAUUAAGGGUGAGAAGGGUGAUUUUGGACCUUCUGGGCUUCCUGGACCAGUUGGCUUUCCAGGAAAUGGGAUUCAGGGAGAAAAGGGUGACCAAGGCCCUGUAGGCCCAACUGGUCCAAGAGGGCCAUCAGGAAUAGGAUUAAGUGGCCCAAAAGGAGACCAGGGUUUUCCUGGAGAACCUGGGUUGCCAGGUGACAGGGGAGUUGGUGAAACAGGACCUAAAGGGGAUGCAGGGACACCAGGGCUCCCUGGAAUCCAUGGUAUUCCAGGGGAGGAUGGGGUUGUGGGACCAAAGGGUGAAUCAGGUUCUGUAGGACUGAGGGGACCUGAGGGGGCUCCUGGAAAAGGAAUAUCUGGAGAAAAGGGAGACAAAGGGGACAGAGGGCCUAGAGGAUUACCUGGGUUACAAGGACAAGUUGGACCAAUGGGGCCUAAGGGAGUGACAGGAAAUACUGGCCAAACUGGGAUGCCAGGCCCACCUGGUCGGGGAAUUCAAGGGCCAAAAGGUGACCCAGGUCGGGUAGGGCCAUCUGGACCAGUCGGGGAGCCAGGAAUUGGUAUAACUGGACCAAAGGGUGAAAGAGGAUUGCCUGGACCUUCAGGACCAAUUGGACCAAAAGGGGACGGCUAUCCUGGCCCUCCGGGACCAUCUGGAUUACCAGGGCCUUCAGGAGAAGCAGGCCCUGAAGGAAAGGGGCUGCCUGGUUCCAAGGGAGACCGAGGUUUACCGGGCUUUCCAGGACCAGCUGGCCUCCUUGGAAUUGGAGCCGUCGGACCCAAGGGAUCUGUUGGUCAGGCUGGUCCACCAGGGUCCCCAGGUUUACCUGGAGAGGGUAUCCAAGGACCCAAGGGAGAGCCAGGAUUUCAGGGAGUGCCUGGGCCAAGGGGCCCACCAGGUGAAGGCUUCCCAGGAGAGAAGGGUGACCGUGGAUUUUCAGGAGAUCGAGGGAGGCAGGGUGACAAAGGAGAAUUUGGAGAACCUGGGCCAACUGGAACACCAGGGAUGCCUGGACAGAAAGGAGAACUUGGCCUUACUAGAGAAGAAGUCAUCAAAAUAAUAAGAGAAAUCUGUGGUUGUGGUGUAAAAUGUAGAGAAAGUCCUCUUGAACUGUUGUUUGUGAUUGACAGUUCAGAAAGCGUUGGACCAGAAAACUUUGAUGUUGUCAAAGACUUUGUCAGCGCCCUGAUAGACAGAGUUUCUGUGAGUCGAGAAGGUACACGUAUUGGCGUUGUGCUGUACAGCCACAUUAAUGUUGUUGUGGUCACCCUCCAGCAGCACUCAAACCAAGACGACGUGAAGGCAGCGGUUCGCUCAAUGACAUAUCUCGGGGAAGGCACCUACACAGGCAGCGCCAUACAGAAAGCUAACCAGAUCUUCCAGGCCUCCAGGCCAGGGGUUAGGAAAGUGGCAAUCGUUAUAACAGAUGGACAGGCAGACAAGCGUGACUCUGUGAAACUGGAGGCAGUGGUGAGGGAAGCCCAUUCAGCUAGCAUUGAAAUGUUUGUUAUUGGAGUAGUGAACAGGAGUGACCCCUUUUAUCUCGACUUCAAGAACGAAAUGAAUAUGAUUGCCUCGGAUCCAGAUGAGGAGCAUAUUUAUCUAAUUGAUGACUUUAUGACACUUCCAGAACUUGAGAGCAAACUACUCAGCAGAAUCUGUGAAAGUGAAGAUGGCGCCCUAUUUAGUCCAGUGCUUAACUCUAUAUUGCCACCUGGUAUUGCCACCACCUCAGACCUUGUCAAAGAGAAACUGGAAAGAUCAGACACACCUUUUGUCAACAGAGAUUACAGUACGCUGUCUAGAGAGCCAGGCCCACCAGGUGAAUCAGACACUCCAUCAGGACCCCAGGGGACCAGGAUUGGUAUAGCAAAUGACAGAAUUGCUCCGUUAUCAAACAGAACUUCCAUCUCCCCUGUAGCAGGUCCAUUGGUGCCUACAAGAAAACCAUUUGCACCCGUGACUGAACACCAACCAACACUUCCACGAGCCUCACCAACCCAGGAAACCUUUUUUUCAGAUCUAAGAUGUGAAGAGACUUUGGAACCAGGAACAUGCAGGGAGUAUGCUGUUAAAUGGUACUAUGACUCCACAGCAAAUGCAUGUGCCCAAUUCUGGUAUGGAGGGUGUAAUGGUAAUAGGAACCGUUUUGAUACAGAGGAUGAUUGUAAAGACUAUUGUGUUAGAGCAAAAAAGAAAUAAAAUCUGAGCCUGGCACAUGUCAUCAGAAUGCAAGAAAAUGAAGAAUUGCUUUUUAAAAUAAAUCACUGUAUACAUGUACACACAUAAUAAUUUAACAUCCAUCGUGAAGCCUAAUUAAGGUUCAAUUACAAAAUGCUUGUUGUUUUCCUGCUUAAUGGUGCUAUUCAAUCAAACCAGACACAUGAGUAGACUCUGUACAUUCCAAGAGUCCUUCUAUUAAUUUUAAAUACAAACAUAUUUCACCUGUUUUAUUUAAUGUUGUCAUAGAACAGGGACAUAACACAGGUGCUGUGUUUUUGUUUGAAUGCUCCAUUAGGAAGAAUACGUUUUUUUAAUGCAUAAUCCAGUUUCUUAAAAAAGAAUUGCAUUAAUGCAGUAACAUAGUUUUACUUGCUGGUAAUUUACCCAUAAAAAUGUUGGUGUACUCAGGGUUGAAACUGGCUUUAAAAAAAAAAAAAAUGAAGUUCUACUGCUGAUAUAUAAUUGAAUGAUGUAAGUAUAGACCUAUUUCUUCUCCUUAAGGAGAACACAUUUGUUUAAGAGAAAACAUCAAAUAAUAUAAUUUGGAAAUUAAUUUUUGGCAAACUGAACACACAUAGAGUAGAAAAAUAAGGCACAGGAUAGAUUGUUACUAACAAAAUAAUUUCCCUGCCAUGCAUACUCAUUCACUAAUUACUAUGGGUGUGCCUCCAAGUGUCACAUUCACGUGACAAAUCAAUUGCAUUUGCUAGUUUUGCAACAUAUUUUCAUUGUCAGGUUAUGGCCUCAGUAUAGCAGUACAGCAGUAACAAUGCCAGCACCUAUGAUGAGAGAAGAAAUAGCUUCCCAGCAGUUUAAAACACAGAAAAUGGAAGUUAAUUGCCAUUGUUUUGAAAUUAGCACAUUAAUGAAUGGAUUUAUUUAAUACCUGUCGACAAAUACUUACUCGGGUAGUUACUCAGAAAGUCACAGCGCAGCACACCCGUGCUAAUUAGGUCUCAACAUUGUAUUUUUGAAUAAAGUCUUAUGUUUUAGCAAACAUGUAUUUUUGCUGUAAAACAUGAUAUCUGGUGCUACACUACAGUUAAAUAAACUUGUAUAUAUAUAUAUA